GUUGAAUCCAGCGCAGUCUCGUCCCACGACGCUGGAGCGUAUGGACGAUACUGUAUUUUCUUUGAUUUCAAACAGCGCGGCGCUCGGCGGGCUUGGUGGUCUGACUGCAAGCUAUUCCUGGAGGCGGAUCCAUUGAGACCACGGGCACCAAUACAACUGCAGAGCGCUGGAGGAAAGUCUCGGAGGAGGACAGAGGAGGGGUGGGAGGGUUUCUGUCUCCGCUGUGAACCUCCGUGAGAGAGGCUCAGGAUGGCAUAUCGAAUCCGGGAUCGUUUUCAGUUCACAUCGCUGGAUUUCCAUCAGCAGACGGCUUUCUCCUCUGCCGAUCUUUCUUAAAGGCUGAAAACUCGUGAAGGUUUUAAUUUGACGUCAUUGUGCUCGUUUCGUCGCCACGCGCUCUAAGGGAUUCAGAGGCGAAUCACUGGCCUGGAUCUCGAGGCGCGUGUCGGCCAGCAAGCGUCCCUCUGCUACGUCUUUGAAAAUGCUAAACGACAUUAAAAUAGAAGAUCGCCUGUUGACCGACGCGAGCUCCCUGGAUGUUUUAAUCGGCGCCGACUCCCCUCAGCAGGCCGUGUGCGAAGGCUGCACGCGGAUCAUUUCAGACCGCUUCCUGAUGCGGGUCAACAACGCAUCCUGGCACGAGGAGUGCCUGCAGUGCGCCGCGUGCCAGCAGCCGCUCACUGCCACCUGCUACUGCAGAGACACCAAACUGUACUGCAAGGCUGACUACCAGCGGCUGUUUGCCACAAAGUGUAGCGGCUGUCUGGAGAAGAUUGCACCUACAGAGUUUGUAAUGCGAGCUCUGGAGAGUGUUUACCACCUCAGCUGCUUCUGCUGCUGUGUCUGUGAGCGGCAGUUGUGCAAGGGAGAUGAAUUUGUUCUGAAAGAAGGUCAGCUACUCUGCAAGAAUGACUUUGAGAGAGAGAAUGACCUGCUCAGCACAGUCAGUCUAGACAACUCGGACUCAGAUAAGAGUGAGGAUGAGGAUUUGGAUGUGAAGUCAGCAAAGAUCCCUGCAGGCAACAAUGACAGUAAGGACGUUCGGCGGCCCAAACGGCCACGUACCAUCCUCACCACCCAGCAGAGAAGAGCCUUCAAGGCCUCGUUUGAGGUCUCCUCCAAACCCUGCAGAAAGGUAAGAGAGACCCUGGCUGCAGAUACAGGACUCAGUGUACGUGUGGUCCAGGUCUGGUUCCAGAACCAGAGAGCAAAGAUGAAGAAGUUAGCCCGCAGACAACAACAACAGCAGGAGCAACACAACAGCCAAAGGCUAGGCCAAGAGGUAAUAUCAGGCUGUAUGGAGGGCCUCCUCAGCUCCUACUCAGGGCCUCCCAACCAGCAGCAGCAGUUGGUGACCAUGGAGCACAACAGCUAUAAUAAUGACCCCUUCCAGCAGGGCCUCACCCCACCACAGAUGCCUGGUGACCACAUGAACCCCUAUGGUACAGACUCCAUCUUCCAUGAUAUUGACAGUGACACAUCUCUGACAAGUUUAAGUGACUGCUUCAUGGCCACUCCAGAUGUAGGGUCCUUACAGGCCAGGAACCCUAUUGACCGCCUGUAUUCCAUGCAGAGUUCCUACUUUGCCUCCUGAGACCUUACAUCACUUCUGGUACAAUCUCACCUUCCACAUUGCCUCCCAGGCCAUGAACAGUGAGCACAACAAUGGAGACAAAAAACACAAAGGCCAAAGGAUUUUCUUGCAAGACAAAAUCCACUAAAUAUACCUGACUGACCUGCACCAACUGAGGGGAAAAGGAAAACUAAACAAAAAUUUCACAUGCCUCCACAUGAGUUUCCUGCCUACUGUCUGGGCUUAUUUAGUUGGAGGGAUAGCUGUUAGCAUUUGUACAGAUAUCAUCAUGAAAGUGUCUUUAGGGGUAAGAACAGUUGGAUGUUCAGGUCAGAGUUCAGGUCAGAGU